CAAGGCAUUGACUGGCGCAACCGCUGGGCACUGACUGGUGGUACUGACUGGCAGCACUGCAUUGAUGGGCACUGGUAGGUGGCACUGCUGGGCACAGGUAGGUGGCACUGCUGAGCGGCACUGCUGGGCACAGGUGGGCAGAACUGGGGGGUGGCACUGCUGGGCACCAAUCAUCAGGGCACUGAUCAUCAGUGCCCUGAUGAUCGGUGCCGAUCCCUGCUCUGAGAACUGCUGGUUCUCGGCAGUACUUUCCUCGCGCUCUGACAGCGUGAGGAAAGUG